AUGUCCGAUAAUGAAUUAGACGAACUUCUUUCACAAUUAAAAGAUGCUUGUAAAAAAAAUCGUCAUCAUUCAACAAACGAAACAAAUCUUAGUACAGUACUUAAAAAAAUUGAUGUCUUCAUCAAUCGACGUCAGAUGAAACAAGUGAAUCAUCACAAACGUCUUGAGGAUUUACAACGUAAUUUAUUAUUAUCUGAAUCUGAAAGUUCGCGAAAUCGUCUAGCACUCGAAAAGAAAGAUUUUGAAGUUAGUCAAUUACAUAUGAUGUUGAAUAAAGCCGAACAAACUUCUCAAACUAUAAUAAUGAAAUAUGAUAAUGAGGUUCACAAAUUAAGUCAAGAACUUUCUAAUUUUCAACAAGAAUAUGAACGACUAAGAACCACGAAUAAAAAUAAUCAAGAUAAUAGAUCAAUGAACGAAGAAUUAAAUGAAAUCACUCGCCUUCGAGAACUGAAUCAAAUGCUUGAAGUCGAUAAUCAACGUUUAAAUAUUGAAAAUGAUCAUUUAAAACAAAUGCAUGGUCCAACUCAUCAUCAUGAGGAAAGUAAUUUACGUGAAAAAAAUGCUGCAUUAGAAAAAUUAAUAAACUCGCUACAACGCAGUAACCAGCAGCCAUUAGGCGAUCCAGCAGUUAAUAAAAACUUUUUUGAAGCGAAAAUAAUAACUCUUGAAAAUGAAAUCGAUUUUUAUAAAAAUCGUUCUGAUGAACAAGAAAUAGAAAUUCGUCGAUUAGGCAAUGAAUUAAAUACUGAACGGGAACGACACAAAAAUAAACUUGAUAUUUGUCGAAAAAAUAUUACAUCCGAUGAAAUCGAUAAAAUCCGUUUAUUAUUGAAUAAUAGCGAACAACAAUGCAGUUUACUUCGAUUAGAAGUGCAACGUUUACAAACAGAAAAAGAAAUUCUUAAAGUACGUUUAUUUGAAGAAAAAAUGAUCGAUAGUUCAAUGUCUGGAAUUAAUAGAGAAUUAGAUAAUGCCGAUUAUGAAAACUUCAUUUGUCAUGAAAUCGAAAUAAAUAUUGAUCAAACCAAUAAACUCAUCAAUUCUUCGAAUUGUCAUAAGAAAAUUUUACAAGAAAAAAUUCAACAAUUAACCAAUGAUAUAAAUCAAUUAAAAAAAGAAAAGAAAACCAAUAAUUCAAAUGAUUUAUCAAUUCAAAUCUAUCAUUGUAAUGAAAAUAUUCUUCAUGCUAAACGCGAAAUGAAUAAACUACAAAUGGAAAUAACAGAUAAAAAUACAACUAUUUAUAAUUUACAUAGAAAAAUCGAAUGUCUUGAACAAGCAUUGAUGAUUUCAAAACAACGAAUGAAUGCACAAUUGAAUGAAAUUGAAGAACUUCGAACGAGAAAUCAAAUGAUUGCAUUUUCAAUAAAAACAGAAACUAAACAGAAUGCAGUAUUCACAGAUGGAUUAUCCAUUAACGACGAAGAUCAAAGACGCCUAUCAGUAGGUUUCAAUAAGGAUCUAUGUACUAGUUCACCUAUAAAAUCUGCUGAUAUACACAACUAUUUUCAUCAUUUCAAUAAUGGUACUUCACCAUCUACUGGUAUCCACUAUCAAAACCAUGAACGAUUUUCAGCCGAUCAUCGAAAUCUUCUUUCUCGUUGA